AUGGCGAACGGUCGAAUGUCCAUGUACUCUCUGGCCUCCGAGGGCCUUGGAGGUCCUCGUGCUGGACAACAACCUUCCCAGUUUUCCACCACGACCCUUCUCAACGCCAUCCACAACAUCUACCUGUCGUCCCAACCCUUCAAAUUAGACGCUGGCACGAGUCUUGUCGUUAACACAUGGCUUACCGCAUCCCAGACUGGACCCGAUGGAACAACAGGAGGCACCAUAGAUGCUGCCCUCGGCGCGAGAGCAUGGGAACAUGCCCGCCGCCGUGCUGAAGAUGGUUGCAUUGUCCUCGGUUCUCUUCACACAUCGAGCCCUUCUAUCCUGACACCAUUUCUCUCGUCUCUCCCGCUGUCGCUCCCGUCAUCUCUCUUCAAGUCAUUGGAGGCCAUCCAGCCCUUCUUGAGAUGCUCCACGCCUUACAACCCCUCCACGCCCCGUCAGUCUGCUCUUGGUGUCACCCUCACCCUGAAUCUGACCGGUAACCUUCAUGGGGCUUCCAUUGCCUUGUCUCAGGCUGGCAUCGACACCACCAAGGGCCUCUUGAACAUUCCUGCUGAGGCUGGCUAUCGCGCUUUUGAUGUCUUCUACUACCUCCUGACCUCGGCGUCGACCCCCGCAGAGAGGGAGUUCCUCGGCCUCAAGUCCGCCUCCAGCUACGCUUUGCUUGCAAAAUCCGGCACUUACGACCCGCCAUCAUACCUUCCAACAGCUGAUGAUGCGGCUGCCGCCGACGACUUUCGAUCCGCCCUAAAGGACAUCGGUAUCAAGGGAUCUGCCCAUCGUAACCUCAUCUCUACCCUCGCUGGCCUGUUGAAGCUCGGCGACACGCUGGACUACAACCUCGAUGAGGAUGUUUUCGAUGAGAUUUGCGAGGAUGUGAGCGGCCUGCUUGGAAUGGAUCCUGAGACUAUUGCUACUCAGUGCAAAACCGAGGACCGAGUGACGUUGGUUGGCGGUCUGUACGAGGCUCUGGUUGACUGGGUCAUCACCAAGGCCAACGAGGCUAUCUCUGCUCAGAUGGCCCGCGUUAGGGACGGUACCGAGUCGAUUGGUGGAGGAGGUGCUCGCACGCCUACUUCCAACGGCGACGGCGACACUGUCUGCAUCACCAUUCUGGACGUCCCCGACCCAAACCUUGGCAAGGCGCUGGCCAUGCGGGGCGUGUUUGAUGACACUAUGGGGAUCAACUCGGAGAUGAUUGCAGACGGCGUCGAGGUUUCCGCCGCUGGCAGCACCGUUAUGCGGGAGAUGCAGACUGCUAUUAGUGAAGUAGGCCCAGAGCUCGGCAUCAUGACUGGUACGAUUGGCAAGGACCGUCAGCACGCACUCGAGAAGCGAGAGGAGGUCCUUGAGAAGAUUGCUCACUCCGCUGACGAAGACGCUUUCCUCAAGAAGCUACUCUUCCCGGUCGCUGGUCACGGCAUCAAUUUGGGACGUGCUGGCCGCCUCGACAUCGCGUCUCUACUGAGCUCUAGCCGUGUGUGGUAUCAUCUCUCCAUUCACCCUACUGACGACUCACCGGCGAGCCUGGCGGCUCUUCCCUCCAUCAACUCUGCCUGGUCUGCUGGCACGGUUUCUCGCCAGCUCCGUUCGUGGCGGUUGCCCGAGUGGGCCAACAGACGCAAUAAGAACCUCGACUUCACUGCUGACUUCGAUAUUGACGAGUUCGUGCAACGCUACUACGCCCUCGGCUGCAAGGAUGGUCGCGAAGGCAUCGAGACGUGGAUUCUCGAGCGUGGCUGGACCAACGGCGAAGUCGUGGUCGGUAAGGAGCGCGUCUGGGUGCGUGAGAGCGCCUGGUGGGAGGCCGAGAGUAUGCUUGAUAUGAAGCCUUUGGAUAACAACCUACCUGGCAUGGGCAACGUCCUGGCCGUCAACAAUCUUGAGUCCGGCUACUCAGCAAAUGGCAGUGGCUACUUCCCAACGCCCAUGCUGGACGCAACCCCCAACGGCAGCCGGGACCACCUCAUCGCCCAUCAGCGUAACUUCAGCCAGGGCAACCUGUCACAACACACGCUCGCCCAGAAUGCCGCCAUGCGCGCCCCGUCCGUUGCUCCUUCCGGCAUGCGCAACGUCCAGAACGGAGACUAUGGUCUCGGCACCAAGGGUGACACCUUCAAGGGCCAGGUCUUCUACAACAACGAGGGCGAGUUCGUCGGCCAGAUGGACCCCGAGAUGGCCGAUGGCAAGCACGUCGAGGAGAAGACAAUGGAUAAGGACCGUCGCAUAUGGGUUGCCAUCGUUUGGUUCUGGACCUUCUGGAUCCCUUCUCCAUUGCUCAGCUUCAUCGGCCGCAUGAAGCGCCCCGAUGUCCGCAUGGCGUGGCGUGAGAAGCUCACUCUCGUCUGGUUCAUCGUGCUCAUUAACGCUCUUAUUGUUUUUUGGAUCAUCGCUUUUGGCAGGCUCUUAUGUCCCAAUUUCGACAAGGCCUGGAGUUCAAAGGAAGUAGGCUACCACACUGGCGAGACCGAUUUCUAUGUCAGCUUCCGAGGUGGUGUGUACGAUAUCUCCAAGUUCUGGAAGACCCAGCACUCCGACACUGCCAUUGAGACAACCAAGGACAACAUGCUCCCGUUUGCUGGACUGAACAUGGACGACUAUUUCCCGCCUCCUUUGCCCCUGGUGUGCCCCGGUCUCGGUAUCGCCUCGACUACUACGCUCCAGUACAACAACACUCCGGAGUACACAAUUGGUAUUCAUAAGUCUGGCGCACUGGCAGAUGACCGUACCAGUGCUCUGGGAGCCACCGAUUGGUACAGCAAGAAGCUGUUGCCCCGUAUGGAGCAGUUCUAUAAGGGCGACCUCGUCUGGGACAAGAGCAAGAUCGAGUCUGAUGGCCAAGACAAUAGCCACAUGUGGGUCAUUUACGACGGCGGCGUAUACGAUCUGACCAACUACUUCAAGACUUUGGACGUAUUUGAUAACUUCGACACGUACAAGUUCCUCAACACGAAGAUCGUAAGCGCCGUCGAGAACAAUCCUGGCGAGGAUGUUACCGACAAUUGGAACGAGAUUGCCAAGAGCGCAGCUAGCAACUCAACCGAGAACGCAUCUGUCCAGAACAGUCUGAACUGUAUCAAGAAUCUCUUCUACGUGGGCAUUCCAGACUUCCGCUACUCUGCCAGGUGUCAGACCAACAACUACAUCAUGCUGGCAAUGACCAUCAUUCUCUGCGCCGUCAUUCUCAUCAAGUUCUUGGCCGCUUUGCAAUUCGGCUCUAAGCGUCGCCCUGCACCUCAAGAUAAGUUUGUUAUCUGCCAGGUACCUGCCUACACCGAAGGCGAAGACUCGUUGCGGAAAGCACUUGAUUCCCUCACCGCGCUGCAAUACGACAACAAGCGGAAGCUCAUUUGCGUCAUUUGCGAUGGCAUCAUCGUCGGUGCUGGCAACGACCGUCCCACGCCCAAGAUUGUCCUGGAUAUCCUCGGCGUCGAUCCCAAGGUUGACCCUCCCGCGCUGCCCUUCAAGUCCGUCGGUACAGGCAGCGAGCAGCUGAACUACGGCAAGGUUUACUCUGGGUUGUACGAGUUUGAGGGCAACGUUGUCCCUUACCUCGUUAUCGUCAAGUGCGGAAAGGAGUCGGAACAGACCAAGUCCAAGCCCGGUAACAGAGGCAAGCGUGACUCCCAAAUUCUCCUCAUGAGCUUCCUCAACCGCGUCCACCACCGAGCCCCCAUGAGCCCACUUGAACUGGAAAUGUUCCACCAAAUUAACAACAUUAUUGGCGUCGACCCCGAAUUGUAUGAAUAUUUGAUGAUGGUCGACGCCGACACGUGUGUCCGGGAAGACUCGCUCAACAGACUAGUCUCAGCAUGCGCCAACGAUGCUAAGAUUGCCGGUAUCUGCGGUGAGACGGGCCUGCAAAACGACGACAAGUCCUGGUGGACCAUGAUCCAAGUUUACGAGUACUUCAUUUCCCACAACUUGGCUAAGGCUUUCGAGUCUCUCUUUGGCAGCGUCACCUGUUUGCCCGGAUGGUAA